AUGCUUCUCCGUAGCUCUUCAACGCCUAUACACUCAUUGAUUCCACACUCAAGGGAACCCUCCUCAGAACCAGAUUUCAUUCAUCAAACUCUAAAGUCAAGAUGUUCAACAAUUUUUCUGUCAUCAUCCAACUCGAUAGCUUCAUUAGAUGAAUCCAUUAAGAAGUUGUCAAGAACUCAUUCGAAAACCGAUCUCGAAGAUCUCAAAAUCCCAUCAAAACCUACCAAAAAAUGCACGUGCAAUAUGCAUCACUUGCUUUCCACCAUUGUAGUUGAAGAAGAAGUAGGGCCUACUGGUGGUGCUUUCUUUUUGUCAUCUAAUUCUGGACUUGAUUUGGUGGAGGAUAUUGUGGCAGCCGGUGGCGGCAGUAUACACGGUGGUGGGAGUGGAGGAACACCGGGUGGGGGUGGGGGUGGUGGUGGAAAUGGAGAUGAUGGUAGCUCUCAGUAUUGGAAUUCGAACUUUGGAAGUGGAAGUAUGGAUUUGUAUUACCAGAAUAUGAUCACAGCUAACCCAGAGAAUCCAAUAUUUCUAAGUAAUUAUGCAAGAUUCUUAAAAGAGGUUAGGGGGGAUUUUGUGAAGGCAGAAGAGUACUAUGGGAGAGCAAUAUUGGCAAACCCUGGAGAUGGAACACAAGACAGUAAUAUACGACUAAAAAUAUGGCUAAAAUAUGAAGAUUCAGAGCGUGCAGAUAUUUUAUUUAAUCAAGCAGUUGAAGCAGCUCCUGAUGAUAGUUAUGUUAUGGCUUCGUAUGCUCGAUUUCUUUGGGACGCUGAGGAUGAAGAUAUGAGCGAUGUUAGCACGCAUUCAAAUUUCUUGCAAGAGACUCCUAUAGCUGCUUGUUAUUAA